AGUGAAAAAGGAAGUAUUAUUGAUUAUGAAGAUAGCGAUAGUGAUAGUGAUAGUGAUAGUGAUAGUGAUAGUGAAAGUGAUAGUGAUGAUUAUUAUAGUAAAGAUGAAUUAAAACAAUUUUUAUAUUUUAAAAAUGGUCUUGAUAGUGAUAUUGGUAGCGAUAUUAAUUUUGAUAGUGAUAGUGAUAGUGAUAGUGAUAGUGAUUAAUUAUCCUUUAGUUUUAUAUCAAAAAAUGAUAUAAAACUCUUGUAUUCUUAUAAAGGGAGGAGGGAAAAUAAAAUUGAAUUUUUUUUAAAUUAUGAUUUAAAGAUUUAACAACUAUUAAUAAAAUGCAACUUACUAGUAUUUAAGAUUUAAAUCCGCAAAGUAUCAUCUUUAAUGACGCAAAAGAGUAUAAUAUUAAAGAUUCGAAAAUUAAAUACAAACGAAUUCCUAUCGAAACAGUUUAUCCAAAUGGAAAAAAAGGUAGUUUAGUUAUUGAAACUCCGUUUCUUUUUUCUUUUGGAGUAAAUGAAAAGAAAGACCAAAAUACAAACAAGUUAGUAGGUUAUAGCAUUCCAGUUUGCUUAUGGGAAAAAGAUUCCAGCCCAAAUUUGAAGGAAGACCAAUUUUAUAAAUUUUAAUGCAAACUUACAGAAAUUUGUCAAAAAUAUUUAGAAGAAGAAUAUGGACCUGAUCUUGCUUCUUCUUUAUCUGAACCAUUAUACUAUAAACAGAUUGAAUAUACAGACAAAAAAGGUAAAAAGAAAACAAAGAGAGACCCCUCAGCUGCACCAGUUUUUUAUGCAAAACUUAUUUACUCGGAAAAACUAAAAAAAAUUCUUUCACUUUUUCAUGUGAAAGGUAAGAAAAAAGUUAAUCCUUUUAAUUAUCUUAACCAGUAUUGUAAUGUUAAAAUGGCUUUGAUUAUAGAAGGAAUAUUUAUUAGCAAAACUGUUACAUCAUUACAAAUUAAAGUACACGAGUGUUAUAUUAAAGAAUUAAAACCAAGAGAGUCUUUGUUAACAAUUGAAGAAGAGGAUGAAGCAAGUGAAAAAAAAUUAAAAGUAAGCGAUAGCGAAGCGAGUGAAGCAAGUGAUACUGAGGAAAAUAUUGAAGAUUUAGUUAUUUUAGAUAAAGAAGUAACUGAGUAA